AUGAAAUUAUUUGUUGCUAUCUACGCAAUCUCCAUUGCUUUAGUUGGUGCAAGAAGUGUUUUUUCCCAACAUGAACAAGAUGCCAAACUUUCUCAAAUCAGAAGCCGCUCUUUGGAAAGCAGGGAUGGCCUUUUCUCCUUCCUUCCGGUUGGCUCUCUCGUACCUACUGCUCUCAAUCUUGCCCCCGUCAACUCACUCACCGGAAAUACGGGUGAUCUCACCGGUGCAGGCGAUACAGGAAGCAAACAUAGUGCUGGCCUAUUGAAAGUCAGACGUGCUGCAUAA